GGAAAGAAAAGCUAAACUGCAGGAAAGUGACCUGUGCCGAGGAGUACGCCGUUAGGAAGUGUGUGCAUGCCUCUAAACCCUGAGUGGUUCUCCGUUCUGUCUCCUUCGCCUCCCACUGGGUGGAGUAGGUCUUUUAAGAGCAGCUGGAAUGCAGCUCCCCUGAUCAGUGUAGCCAGUUGUUGCCUGUCUGAACCUCUGCCAGUCCUAGAGAGCGGUGCUCUGAGCUCAAACCAGAGGGCCACGCUCUGCACCCCUCUCCACCGUCCUUCUCGCCGCAGCCAGAAGAAAGUUCCCACCUGCCCAGCUAUGGGGGAGGACGCUGCGCAAGCCGAAAAGUUCCAGCACCCGGGUCCUGACAUGCGGCAGGAGAAGCCGGGCAGCUCCAGCCCGGCGCCCUCCUCCACGCCGAGCCCCAGCCUGAACCCGGGGAGCACGGAAGAGGCCAUCCGGGACAACGCGCAGGUGAACGCCGUCACGGUGCUCACGCUCCUGGACAAGCUGGUGAACAUGCUGGACGCCGUGCAGGAGAACCAGCACAAGAUGGAGCUGCGGCAGAUGAGCCUGGAGGGCUCCGUGAAGGGCAUCCAGAACGACCUCACCAAGCUCUCCAAGUACCAGGCCUCCACCAGCAACACGGUGAGCAAGCUGCUGGAGAGGUCCCGCAAGGUCAGCGCCCACACGCGCGCCGUCAAGGAGCGCUUGGAGAGGCAGUGCGCGCAAGUGAAGCGGCUCGAGACCAACCACGCCCAGCUCCUCAGGCGCAACCAUUUCAAGGUGCUCAUCUUCCAGGAAGAAAAUGAGAUCCCUGCCAGUGUGUUUGUGAAAGAGCCAGCUUCCAGCCUAGCGGAAGGGAAGGAAGAGGAGCAUGCUGAUGAAAACAAGUCCCUGGAGGAAACUCUGCACACAGUGGACCUCUCGUCCGAUGAUGAAUUGCCCCAUGACGAGGAGGCCCUGGAAGACAGUGCAGAGGAAAAGAUGGAAGAAAGCCGGGCAGAGAAAAUAAAAAGAUCCAGUCUCCGGAAAGUGGAUAGCCUCAAGAAAGCAUUUUCCCGCCAGAACAUCGAGAAAAAGAUGAACAAGCUGGGGACAAAGAUCGUAUCUGCAGAGAGGAGAGAGAAGAUUAAGAAAUCUCUCACUUCCAAUCACCAGAAAACAUCCUCAGGGAAAAGCUCCCCCUUCAAGGUCUCUCCCCUCACUUUCGGUCGAAAGAAAGUCCGAGAGGGAGAAAACCCUGCAGAAAAUGAGACCAAGUCAGAAGACAUGCCUAGCAGUGAGGUGCCGAAUGACCAAGAGGAGAGCUCAUUUGCGGAGGGUCUUUCCGAAGCAUCCCUCACCAGUGUACUGGUGGAAGGGAAGAGCACGGAGGGGGAUGCUGGGAGGGCGGCCUCAAGAGGGAGUGACUCGGCCAUGGACAGCAACAUCGACUUGACCAUUGUGGAAGAUGAAGAAGAAGAGUCGGUGGCCUUGGAACAGGCACAGCAGGUGUGCUAUGAUGGAGACUACGUGCUAACCUCCCACGAGACAGAGCGGUCAGAUGAGGAGCCGGUGCAGCCAGCUGUGCUCCAGGUGGACCAGACCGCCUAAAGGCACAGCGCUCUGUGCCCAGCCUGUGCUUUCAGUUUAGUGGGUAACCAGAGCCUAGAAACAAACUCCUGUACACCUCCAGCACUCCCCACUCACACCGUGUUACCGUCCAGGUAGUCAACAUUUACUACACAGCAGGCGCACACACGUGCCCGAGAUUUACUAUGAAGGCAACCUGUCAGGGUCUACACUUCUAAUUUACUCUUAGGUUCCAUUUCUGUAGUUCUCCAAGACUGCCCAGAAGAAGAAAUGGAGUAGUCAAAAAACACUGAUCAAUUUGGCUAAGUCAGAAACAUCAGAGGCUACGUAAGAUACUAAAUCAUGAAAUGUGAUUCAUUUUUUGUCAUUCCAUAAGCUUGCUGAAUAAGCGUACCACUAAUAUAUUGAAUUUCCAUAGAAUUCUGUGAAUCUAUAUUCUUUAAGUGUGUGAUAUAUAAUAUACAUAUGUAUUUAAGCUAAAGAGAUAACUACUUUAUAUUUCAAGAAGAAAACACUUUUCUUAAAAGGUAGAAGAGAAAGUUGGCUAUUUACUUAGUAGAAAACAUUGUUUAUUGAAAAUGAAGGAGAAAUUGAAAGACUAUAAUGUUCAGCUAACGAAGUAAGAUAUGUAGAAAAGUUGGGACUAUUAGAAAAAGAAAACUAAGGAGAAGUUGGAAAAUAAAAGAAACAGGAAACAAAGAAUGGCAAAGAGAAUGAAGACAAAGAGAAAAAAGCAUGUGCUCAAAAGUAAAAUAUUUACGAUAUUAGUUCAAGUAUUUACUCAUAUAACAAUGCUGAAGAAAUUCAUUUAUCCUAGAAUAAUAUGUUAUAUCUUCACAAUAUUUUUAUUUUCUAAUAUUUUCAAAUAAUCUAAAAAAACAUUUUACUGUGUUAAAGCUACAUUUUUUUUCUUAAUAAAAGACAUUACAAAUAUUUCUCUAAGGAAGUUCAAAAGGAUGUCUCUUUAACAUUGGAAUGAACAUAAAUCUUCAAAAUUAAUUAAUACAUACUGCCUUUUGUAGGAAGUUGGAUCGUACUAUUCUUUAAUGUUUUCCAAAUUUGAAAUAAUCCUUACACUUCAAAUGUUGUAAUGUAGGUUUGUAACACGUUAGAAUCAACAGGUUUGGGAAGGGAAAGAGUCGAGUUUUCCUUUUUUGUACAUAAUGGUAAUUUCAUUCCAGGUCAUAUUUUAUUUAUAUAUUAAUUUCACAGAAUAUUAAUAUGUUUCUCAACUUCUUAAAGCAUGCUAGUGUUUAUGUGUAUGUGCACAUUUACUCAGACAGGGUAAUUUUUACUACUGCCUAACAUUAUACUAAAAUAUUCCUUUAUUUUUAAUUACAGAAUGGUAAUGUUUUGAGAAAACUAUUACAGUUUAAAGACAGUUGUACCAGAGAGCAAAUUCCCUACCUUUAGUAUGUACCACUCAUUAUAAGUAACCUUACAAAUACAGCUAAUCUAAAACAGUAUUAACAAACUGUGCUUUGCCUUAUAAAAGGGAUAGGAUUAACAAAUGUAUUGAUGGCAUAACUGAUACAGCUGUGUCCUUAUUUUGCAAUAAUGUACCCCAAAUAUUAGAUUGUUGAACUAACAAUGGCUGUGUUAAAGAAGACUAAAUAAACCAAAAAAUAAAAAGUACAUAACAAUGUCAGUUUCUUGGCAGAAAACUUUUAAAAAAGCAGAAAGAAU